UAAACUAUAAAUAAAUGAGAGCCAACUAAUCGAACAAGCCUGCUGUGGACCUCUUGUACUUGGCUUGAGUGAACGGUUACCAGCUUCCGUGAAAACUGAAAGCAUCCUGCAUUCAGCCCUAUGCCAAAUCUUUUCAGUCUUUUAGAAAGUGAAAAUUGCCAGAUUCAGACUCAACUAUCAUCUGCAAUGCCCGAUCUUAUUCCUACCGCUACCUACAUCUCUCCGGAUUUAAAAAAGGACUUCCAUCCAGGCUGCGGACCCCACUCCACCCAGGGUACCACCACGGGUCCGUCCGACGUUGUGGCGGACAAAGGCGCCAUUGAUAAGGACCGCCCCACCGAGGCCUCUGAUUCCACUUUGGGUGAGCUUAGGGCGAGAUUGACCACGUUACAGGACCAGGUGAAUGUGUUUUUGACUGACAGAAUGAAACUGGGUGCGGCUAAAGAGGAGGACGACAAGGACUUGGAACGCCGUAUUUUGGACGACGGUGUGGACGAGGAUGACGUUGAAUAGGCUUUUUGCUGAAGCGGAUUUUUUAAAAAAAAGGAUCGGUGUAACGAAUAGGUACACCUAGAUUAAUCUCAGACGCACGGGAUUCGUCUUUUAUUCGAAUACAUGGCAAGAUUGCGUCAACGACAGACAGCAUGCGUGCUGAAGGUUUAAAUGCUGAUACUUUACACCAGAAAAAUGGUGCAUAUCAUAAGCAUGGUUAAUAUAUAGGAAACCGGAAUUGAGUGUAGAGAAGCCGCGAUUGAAGAGCGAGAGUGAAGCUAUCAGGGGGCCUGGCUAAACAUUUAUAUUCUAGCUAAGCAGACAUAGGGGGAGUUAACCAACAAGCUACGCGUGAUACAAUCAUGGUAUGAAAUAAACCACACUAUUAUGGAUAUAACGCUUGGGGAACAUUUCUUUGCUCAUGUCUGUUGCAAUCAACAGCAAGCUCUGGUGGCUAAAAGAUAUUUGUUUAUGUAUUCUCCCAGACCCUAUAUAUAG